UCUCGCCGGGCGGCUACAUGGUGCCCAAGGGUUCGGCCUCCUUCCAGCCCUCGCCCGAAAAUUGCCGGCAGUUCCCCAGCACCGCGCCGUGGGCUUUCCGGCAAGGCUACGUGCCACCUCAACGAGCCCAACGUCAUCCUGGACAUCUCCAACUACACCCCGCAGAAAGCCAAGCAGCAGACGGUCUCGGAGACCUUCUCCGAGUCUUCCUCCGACAGCACCCAGUUCAACCAGCCGGCCGGCUACCGGCGUGCCAACAGCGAGGCCUCCUCCAGCGAGGGCCAGUCCAGCCUCUCCAGCUGA